UCUAUAAUUAUUCUCAAUCUUAUCUGGUUUUCUCACUCAUAUAAAUUCACAAUCAUAAAACCAUGAGAUCAGAUAACCUCUGGACGCGGAAACCAGAAAUCAAAACCGGGAAAUCCGAGUUUCCGGUUAUCAGAUUCCUCCGUGGGCACAUCGAGAAAAUCAAGGACCAAACCGGAGGUCCCGGAAUCGGCGGCGGUUUAGGUUGCGGAGCUGGAAUCGGCUUCGGCUUCACCGGCGGGCUCGGGUUAGUCGCUUCUGAAGGGAUUAACCAUUCUAAUGUGGUGUUUGGCAUCGGAAUGGGUUGCGGUAUCGGGUUCGGGUUCGGGUACGGGUUUGGAGUUGGCGGCGGAUUCAAUUUCGACGACAUUGGUGAUAAAUUGACCUAUGGGAAAAGCUCCGGUUAAUAAUCCCGGUCGGGUAAUUGGAUUUUUAAUGGAUUAUUGAGACAUUUUGUGUUAAUUAUUCAUUUUCAAUCAAAAUACUCUUCCUUUUUGUCUU